AAUAAUAUGGUUCAUGCUGUGUUUUAGUUUAUGCUUAAAUGAUGUUGGGCAACAACCUUACUAUUUUUAUGUUAUUAAAGAAAGUUUCGGCAACGCUUCAGUGAAAAAUCAAAAAUAUUACGUGAAAAAGUGUGAUUUUUUCAAAAAUUUAUUAUAUAACUAUUAAUAAACAUUCCAUGCAAGUGCUGAGGCUUAAUUAUUUGUAAAAUAAUGCCGUAUAAUAAGGAAAUGAAGAAAAUCUAUUGCAAAUGGUUGAGAAAAUUUUUAUGCGGAAGUAGUUGUAGAAAGUUUGACAUAAAAAGUGAAAACUGCUGCACUCACUAAAGAAACAUAUGAUUAGGACUACCUAUAUAAUAAAUAACAUAUUGGAAGAAAAUAAAUAUGACUUUUAUAAUUAGACAUGGAAGUUUAAUUAAAUUAGUCCAACUAGAAAAAUCUAUAAAUUUACAUUCUGGCCUGUGAUCGAUGGAUACAAAGAAGUGAAGAGGAUAGCGGGUGAAUAUGUGCGGAACAGAACGAGUUUUAAGAGAACAAAUAAACAUAUGUGAGAAUUGUGAGAAGAAUAACGCGAGCAAAACAAAUGGCUAAAAAACGUGCCUUUGGAGCGUGCAGAGCCGAUAUUCACGAGCUACAUACUUGUAGUUGAAUGCAAUACCGGCGUCAUAGGCAAAUAAUAAAAUAGCAACUAUUGAAGAAUUGUGCAUGUUAGCUGUAGAUAUGGGUUACAAAGCGAACGGGGAGGGUGGUAAUAGCGGUAAAGGUCGUACUAACGGUCGUGGGAUGGGAGAUGACGACGAUGGGGGCGAUGAAGAAGAGAGUAACACGUUUUAUGAGGCAGUCAGUGAACCGGAUCUUUGCUUAGACACUCUUAAAAUAACGAAUGACGUCACAUCUGUAAACAAAACAAUGCAAAGUGUCUGCGAUAUUGAGGAAGAUGCCGAAGAGAUCGAGGGUGCACAUUGUUUACCGCAGGCGACAGAUGUUAUUGACAUUGAUUCCGUUGCGCUGUCGGGAGCUCAUGCAACGAAUGUGAUUCACGAUGAUGUUCUCGUUGACACCAAGUGCAGUUUGCGGGGAGAUCAGCAGAGGCAAAACAUGAAAGACAAAGAUCACACUUUUAUUGAUGAAAAUACAGCAUUACGUCCGCCACGGACUAAAAAUCUCAAAGACUUCAACAAAAUAAAUCAUACAAUUAUGCCUGAUGAUCAACAACAGAAACAACGUCAGCAGACUUUGCUCACAACCAAAUCGUGUGAAACUCCGGCGACUGCUACGCUUUCGCCAACAAACUCACACAGCGAUAGUGGUAGUGUUGGUGGUGGUGCUAGGCGUAAGUCAUGGACUCUUUCACCACAAAGUAAUGAUUCUACACCACAAAGUGGAGCCAAGAAGAAAAUAAAAUCCACAUGCCAAAAAUCACCAACGGCACCGUUGUCAGCAGGAGUAGUUGGUACAGAAAAUCUCAAUUUAUGGGUUGCCCGUGAAUGUUACGAAACGGUACCGGCCGAGACGGUUUAUGAAGUAGAAGAUGACAUCCUUGUUGUGGAUGAUGAAGAGGCAGCCGUCGAAAGUUUGCUUGGUGCUGCCGCUGCUUUUCAGCCGAACUCCAUUAAUAAAACAGUGCAACGCAGACAAAAACAUCUACGUCAGCCACAACAUAGACCAUUGGAGCGUUCGUGGCCACCGAGAGCUGUGGGCAAAGAUUUAAAUAUGCAAUGCGAUGUUUUCAAAUUUGACAUUCUCGAUAUCGAUGAGAAGAUGGAUAGCUUAGGUGCUAUUGGGUGUAGCUCGGCUGAAGGCUAUAGUAGCGCUACAAGUAGUACAAAUAAUUCACCUUUAUUACUCCUCAACAAUGGCCCGCCUACAUCCACCAGCCCGCAAUAUGAUUUGCCCUCAGGCACAAUCAAUCAAACUCCCGUGAAAUUCAAGCCAUUAAUUAAGAAAAAGAUUGGUCCAGAUAGUUAUAUAAAUACAAUUACAACAAAAAAGGUGCCUGCUUCGGAAACUUAUGAAUUUCCAACAUUUCCUGUAAAAGAUAACUCAAACGCGAACGUAACUAACGCAACGACUGCCAACCAAUUUCCACAUAUACGUCAGCAUAGGCCACUAACUCGCGUCUUGUCGAAUGGGAAGGGUCCUGUACCUUGUAAUGCACUUAAUUACGAUGAUUUGGCAGUUGGUGGCACACAUUCGCCACGCCUAUUGCUCUCCCCAAAACGUCAACGUAGUCCACCUUCGGGUUGUUCCUCAAGGAGUGCCUCGCCAUUAGAUUUGAAUUUAAGUCCUGAAACCAGUUCUCCACCAACUCCUCAAACUCAAUUUAAAUUCAGUUCCAGUUUGGGAAGUGGACCAUCAUCGCCUGCUAUUCAUAUACGCCCACAACAAAGGUUAUUAAAACGAGUUGGCGGUGGUGUCGGCGCAAACCUCGUGUGUCCGCCGACUCCCACACAUCAUGCUCGUCGCCAUCAACGUCUACAAUCCAACACAUCUGCAUUGGCGGCAUCAGUGGACAAUUCGCUAAACGGUACAAUAGGAAAUCAAAUGGAUUACAACUUGGCAAUGCCAAAGUCUCCACCGAUUGCAAUUGGUGCUGGAGUUGGUGGUAUCACAGAACACCAUGCCAUUGACGGUAGCAUAGCAGAAGAUGUCGAUACAAAUGGUGCCGCAAAUGAAGCAUGCAGCACACGUCUACCAUCGAUUCCGGAGCGUGGAACUGCUGCUGGUUUUCUUCGUGGUACUGCGGUUUUCGGUGAAGGUGAGUCUGCCACCGAACCAUUACCACCCGCUUGGGAAGCGCGUAUGGAUAGCCAUGGACGCAUUUUCUACAUUGAUCAUACGACGCGUACAACCUCGUGGCAGCGGCCUGGUACGAAUGGAGGCGCAACUCUAAAUGGUGCCGGACGUGAGCACCAUCAUCGACAACAAUUGGACAGACGCUAUCAGUCCAUACGACGCACAAUUACUAGCGAUAAUCGUCUCUCGAAUGCCUCCGCUUACAGUGUGAACGAAAAUUCUGCAUGUAAUAACACUGCCAAUCAAUUUCCAAAUUUCAUGCAUAGUAGUCCAAACGCGGGAAAUAGCAAUAACUUAGGUAAUCUACAAAAUCUCAGUCUUUCUGUGCAUCCAGCUGUUGUGAUGCUUUGUCGUCCCGACUUUUAUUCCAUGUUGCACACAAAUGAGGAUGCAUUAUCGAUAUAUAAUCGCAAUCCUGCACUAAAACACAUGAUUAUACGUAUACGUCGCGAUCCGCAAUGCUUUCAACGUUAUCAAUAUAAUAAGGAUUUGGUAGCGCUGGUAAAUACAUUUGCACAGCUUAAUCGAGACUUGCCUUCCUGCUGGGAGACCAAACUUGAUCAAUCGGGUAAACAAUUUUUCAUCGAUCACAAUAAUCGUAAAACCUCGUUCAUGGAUCCACGUUUGCCCGUUGAAAGCGCACGUGUCGUACGUCAAAGGCAUCAGUUGCUUUCGCAUCAAUCGCCACAACUCUCCGCACAUUUUCCACACGCACAUCAUCCACACCAGCAGCCACAGCAUCACCACAAUUUCCAAUACGAUGCGCUCGACGGAAAUUGUAUUUCUGUGUCGGGAGUACCGCCACUGCCACCACCUAGGCCGCCAAGCACUGUACGCACCGGCCCGAACGGCGCUUUGCGUGGCGCCACUGGUGGCGCUAGCAAUUAUGAGCAAUACAACGAGGUGCCUGUAGCUUACAAUGAAAAGGUGAUCGCGUUUUUGCGCCAACCGAAUAUUUUGGAAAUCUUACGUGAACGACAUGGUCAGAAUACAGUUUCACGUUCCUUGCGUGAGAAAAUUAAUAUUUUACGUGUAGAAGGUGUACCGGCUUUGGAGAGGUUAGCUCAUGAUUUGCAGCUGACUAUUUUAUUAAGCCUGUUCGAACAGGAGAUUAUGAGCUAUGUUCCUAUUGAAGAACGCAGUCCACAGGGUUCGCCAGUGCUCAACUCUCGCAUGCCACAGCGCGCACCGCCACCAUUCCGACGGGAUUUCGAAGCAAAAUUGCGUGGCUUCUACCGCAAAUUGGAGUCGAAAGGCUACGGACAGGGUCCGCACAAACUAAAAUUACACAUUCGACGCACACAUCUGCUAGAAGAUGCCUUCCGGCGCAUAAUGUCGGCCAACAAGAAAGAUCUGCAGCGUGGUCGUCUCGCUGUGCUGUGGGAUACUGAAGAAGGCUUGGAUUAUGGCGGUCCAUCAAGAGAAUUCUUCUUUCUGCUUUCACGCGAGCUCUUCAACCCCUACUACGGACUGUUUGAGUACUCAGCCAACGACACAUACACUGUGCAAGUCUCACCACUGUCAGCAUUUGUGGACAAUUGCCACGAUUGGUUCCGGUUCGGCGGUCGUGUGCUGGGCUUGGCGCUCGUACAUCAAUACCUAUUGGAUGCCUUCUUUACACGCCCAUUUUACAAGGCGUUGCUGCGUUUGCCCGUCGCGCUGAGUGAUCUGGAAUCGCUGGAUAAUGAGUUUCAUCAAUCGCUACAAUGGAUACGCGACAAUGACAUCGGCACCGGCAUUGAUCUUGGUCUAACAUUUUGCGUUACCGAAGAGCUAUUGGGACAUGUGGUCGAGCGUGAAUUGAAGCCGGGUGGUAAGAAUAUAAUUGUAAAUGAGAAAAACAAGAAAGAAUAUUUGGAACGCAUGAUUAAGUGGCGUUUGGAGCGUGGCGUACAAGAGCAGACGGAAUCGUUGGUGCGUGGCUUUUACGAGGUAGUCGAUGCGCGUCUGGUUUCCGUAUUCGAUGCACGUGAAUUGGAAUUGGUUAUUGCGGGUACGGCCGAGAUUGAUAUUAAUGAUUGGCGUUUAAACACCGAAUACCGUUCGGGUUAUCAUGACAACCAUCAGGUGAUCAUUUGGUUUUGGCAAGUUAUCGAGAAAUUUACAAAUGAACAACGUUUACGACUGCUACAAUUCGUGACCGGCACCUCUAGCAUACCAUACGAAGGCUUCUCAGCCCUGCGCGGCUCAACUGGUCCACGACGAUUUUGCAUCGAGAAGUGGGGCAAGCCGAAUGCCUUGCCACGUGCGCACACCUGCUUCAAUCGCUUAGAUUUACCGCCUUAUCCGACGCCCGAGUUGCUAUAUGAGAAACUACUGUUAGCCGUAGAAGAAACGAACACAUUCGGCAUAGAAUAGGUAUGCAAGGCGUUUGCGCAUGCGUUGUUGAUUGCCUAGCUCAGCGAUUAGUAGUUUAGAGUCAGUCGCAAGUUCAACUUAAUGAAUUAAGUUAAUUUAUUAAAAUCAUUAGUAUAAACGAAAGAAAAGUGAUAUUUUAUUAGGAUUAUUUAUUUAUUUCCGUAUUUUCGCAUUUACAUAUUUACACAAGAUAUAUUUGUAAUAUUUAUUGUGAAUAGGUUUUCUUUUUCUAUAUGAACAACCGCAUACAAAUCGCUUAUUUUAUUGUCAGUGUGUAUUUACGGUAUAUAUUUUAUUGUGCAAUCAAGUGUUUAAAUGGCAAUCAUUUUAAUAUCUCAUUUAAAUUAUUGUGUGACUUUGACCUAAUAAAACUUUUUAAUUACCCGGCGAUAUUAACAAAUCACGUGAAAUAAUAAAUACAAGUUAAUGAAUUAUGUGAUUAAUUAUGGCAUAGGAUAUUCAGAAACGUAACUAAAUUGUAGAAUAUUAAAUAUGUUUUGGUAGAUCCAAACUCUUUUGAGGACAUAUAUCUUUACAUACAGACGUAAUUUAGGCCUAUUUGGUGUAUUCUGCUAUUUACCGCUUAUAUUUUGGACUUAGUACAGCCAUUUUUUAAAGGAAAAUAUUUCAUUAGGUUAGGAGUUAUAUAAAGCAGUCCAUUUCCCAAAAAUUCACUUUUGAAACGUUACAACAACGGUAACGUAUAUAAUAUAAGGAAGGAGUGUAAUUUUUGCAGAAGUUGAUAUUUCCUAAGUACUCCAAAGUGAUGACUAUCCUGGAUACUUAUAUUUGAUCGAAUUUCGUUACAAAAAUUGAAGAAAAAUAUUUUAUAAGCAUACCAUUUGGCGGUAAACACUAGAAAUUAGCUUCUUUCUAUGUAGAGCUUGGAGAAUUGGAGAAUAGACAUAUUGGGUGGUAGAACCGGUUGCCAUGGGAGGAUUUUUAGUAUUUUCACUCGCAGGCCUUUCUUAUGAUUUGGAUCACUCGUUAUACAUAAAUGAGUACUAAAUAAGAAAAAAUAGCCUGCAUUUUAGCGCAUUGAUAUAAUGGCGAGGUUAAAGAUCAGAUUCAAUAUUUAUAGAAUUUCCUUUAUAUAAUCGAAACGCCGUUGAAUAUUAGAAACUAACAAAGUUACUUAAUUCAUUUGUUACGUCACAGCGAAAUUUAAUUGACUUGCUGAAAUGAUUGCCAAAAUGCGUGCUUAAUCUGCUUAAAUGAGAAAAAUAUACAAACUAAUUUUAACAGUUAUACUUAAAUUUGCUACAAUUGAUGGAUUGUAGGUUGCAUUCCUCAUUCCAAAUACAAUAUAUAAAUAAUUAAAGAUAGCAAUUUUCUGUUCAUGAAAUGAAAAUUAGAAAAUGCGUUGGUUUAUUUUUCAGGGCCUUAGAAAGAUCAACGAAUAUGUGAAAAAUACUAAUUUAUUGUUAUGUUUGUAUUAUUACAACAAAUUAUUCUGUACUUCAUAUAAUUUUAACACUUAGAUAUAUAUAACUACAAUAUUUAAUUUGAAAACUCUACCUCUUUUAACUAUUAAAAACAACAUUUGCUCUCUCACUGUGUGACAUUAGUUUUAAGCCUAACGUAGAAUAUAGAUUAUUAUUAAUUAUAUGAAAUUAUUAAUAAACCGUUAAUGUAGCUAUUCUAAUAUUAUAUGUAUGUAACAUAUGUUAACCCGUCCAUUUCUAUAUAAAGCUUUAGUCGAUGCAAAGUCGAGUUAUGACUUUAUUGGAAAUGCAACCAAAACCAAUAUAAUCAAUAUAAUAAUAAUAAAUUGAUUAAUAAAUACUAAAUUAUUAAUAAAA